ACGAACUCGAACUCGACAACCACCGGCGCGGCCUAUCUGAAUUUCAGCAGCUAACCACAGUCCGAAAAUAUGGCCACUACUCAGUCUGCUAUCUCCAAGAGGAGAAAGUUCGUCGCUGACGGUGUUUUCUACGCCGAGCUGAACGAGUUCUUCCAGCGCGAGCUUGCUGAGGAGGGCUACUCCGGCGUCGAGGUCCGCGUUACACCCACCGUCACCGACAUCAUCAUCCGCGCCACCCACACACAGGAGGUCCUCGGAGAGCAAGGUCGCCGCAUCCGUGAGCUCACCUCGCUCAUCCAGAAGCGCUUCAAGUUCCCCGAGAACUCCGUCUCCCUGUACGCCGCCAAGGUUCAGAACCGAGGUCUGUCCGCCGUCGCCCAGUGCGAGUCCCUCCGCUACAAGCUCCUCAACGGUCUCGCCGUCCGAAGGGCCUGCUAUGGUGUCCUCCGCUUCAUCAUGGAGUCUGGCGCCAAGGGUUGCGAAGUCGUCGUCUCCGGAAAGCUCAGGGCCGCCCGUGCCAAGAGCAUGAAGUUCACUGACGGAUUCAUGAUCCACUCCGGUCAGCCCGCAAAGGACUUCAUCGACGAGGCCACCCGCCACGUCCUGCUCCGCCAGGGUGUGCUCGGUAUCAAGGUUAAGAUCAUGCGCGGAUCUGACCCCGAGGGCAAGGCCGGCCCAUCCAAGACUCUCCCCGAUUCCGUCACCAUCAUCGAGCCCAAGGAGGAGCAGCCCGUUGUCCAGCCCAUGUCCCAGGACUACGGUGCCAAGGCCAUCGCCGCCCAGCAGGCAGCGGACCAGGCCAGGCAGGCGGAGCAGCAGCAGGGCGAGGGUGAGGCCGCACCUGCCACCGAGGAGCAGUAGAUUGCAGCGUGAUUGCGGGGCGCAUGAGGUUACGAAAAGGCAUUUAGCGGAAGCUUAUGAUGCAUCUUCCUUUGCACAUUCGGAACGGACUGGUCUGCUUUUGAUUUUGAAUGGGCGGUUAUGGAGUCGUCAUAUAUACUCUUCGAUACACCCAAAUACCAAACACCAAAACAUGGCCUUGGCCCACCGAUGUGGUUCAACUUCAAAAACG